UCCCCCUCGCCCCGCCCGGAUAUCAGUCCUCGCCCCGCCCUUCUGUCGGCAGGCAAUAUGGCGCUGUGCGAGGCGGCGAGUUGUCUGUACUGGCCUCGGGUGUUGCUCUUCGGAGAUUCCAUCACCCAGUUUUCUUUCCAGCAGGGUGGAUGGGGAGCAUCACUGGCUGACAAGCUGGUCAGAAAAUGUGAUGUUCUGAAUCGUGGAUUUUCAGGCUACAAUACCAGGUGGGCCAAAAUCAUCCUUCCACGAUUGAUCAAAAAAGGGACCGGUUUGGACAGCCCAGUAGCAGUUACAAUUUUCUUCGGUGCCAAUGACAGCGCGCUCAAAGAUGAGAACCCCAAGCAGCACGUCCCCCUGGACGAGUACGUGGCGAAUCUAAAGAGCAUGGUGCGCUACCUCAAGUCCGUGGACGUCCCGGAGCACAGGAUCGUCCUCAUCUCGCCGCCCCCGCUCUGCGAGGCGGCCUGGGAGCGGGAGUGCCUCGCGCAAGGCUGCAAACUAAAUCGCCUGAACUUGGUUGUUGGUGAAUACGCAGGCGCCUGCUUGCAAGUGGCCCAGGACUGUGGGACUGACGUGCUUGACCUGUGGACCCUGAUGCAGAAGGACGGUCAGGACUUCUCGUCCUUUCUGUCAGACGGACUGCACUUGUCCCCGGAGGGAAAUGAGUUUUUGUUCUCCCACCUUUGGCCUCUGAUCGAGAAGAAAGUCUCCUCCUUGCCUUUGCUGCUCCCUUACUGGCGAGACGUAGCAGAAGCCAAACCCGAACUAAGUCUUCUGGGAGACGGGGACCAUUAGCCACAGAAAACCCAAUCUGGCUGUUAACUUACGAAGCUGCCAGUGUGACAAAGAUCCUGAGAUAAGCGAUCAGACCUUUGCUCAUGACCUUGGAAUAAAAAACACCAUCUGCCACCAAGAUUAAUAAAAGCAUCAGAAUUUUUACGAAAG